GGCGAGGGCGAGGGUGCGGGGCGCGCCGCCAUGGGCCUGGCCGGGCUGCAGAAUGUGUUUGCCCGGCAGUCCAAGAUCUGUUCCUACAUGAGCCCGAACAAGUGCUCUGGAGUGCGCUCCCCGCUGCAGGAUGACAACUCCGUUGCGCACUACGAAGCCAGGUGCCUGGGGAGACCGUUAGCCGGGAUCUACAGGAGGCGAGAAGAGAAGAGAAGUGGUGGGAACGCCAUACGAAGUUCCAUGAAGUCCGAGGAACAGAAGCUCAGAGACGCCAGGAGAGGCCCCCUGGCACCUUUUCCAAACCAAAAACCUGAAGCAGCAGAACCUCCAAACACUCCAGCCUUGUCUUGUGACUCUCCCGGUGCAGCUGGCGCCAAGCCAGCCCUGAACAAGCCCCUCAAGGGCAGACGGACCCCUCGGGAAAAAGCUCAAGGAAAAACCCAACAGAAUCGCAAACUCACGGAUUUCUACCCUGUCCGAAGGAGCUCCAGGAAGAGCAAAGCCGAGCUACAGUCCGAAAAGCGGAAAAGAAUAGAUGAAUUGAUCCGGAGCGGGAAGGAAGAAGGGAUGAAGAUCGACCUCAUCGACGGCAAAGGCAGGGGUGUGAUUGCCACCAAGCAGUUCUCCCGGGGCGACUUUGUGGUGGAGUACCACGGCGACCUCCUCGAGAUCACCGAUGCCAAGAAGCGUGAGGCUCUGUACGCCCAGGACCCCUCCACGGGCUGCUACAUGUACUAUUUCCAGUAUCUGAGCAAAACCUACUGCGUGGACGCCACGCGCGAGACCAACCGCCUGGGACGGCUGAUCAACCACAGCAAGUGCGGGAACUGCCAGACCAAGCUACAUGACAUGGACGGCGUGCCCCACCUCAUCCUCAUCGCCGCGCGGGACAUCGCGGCCGGGGAGGAGCUGCUCUACGACUACGGGGACCGCAGCAAGGCCUCCAUCGAAGCCCACCCCUGGCUGAAGCACUGACCGCCGCCCGCCG